CUGCUGAAACUCCUCCUCACUCUCUGCUUACGGUCGUUGCUCCUCUCGUUUGAAAGUUAUGGGUUGUGCGUAAAAGUCCGGCUUCCAUAUAAGUAUGGAGUCUUAUUCUUCUCUGCUGUGAUACAUCAUUUUCCUCAAAUACACUUCAACCAGCAAAAUUACGCCAGGGUGGAUAAUACAGAAAAAAGGUGUUUUAUGGCAUCUGAACCGAAAAACGACAGUUGCCCAGUGCGCCUCACCAUCUCUGAUGGAUCUCCCACAACACCUGCGAUCAUGUUUUCCGCCGGUGUCCUUGGGAACGUGAUCGCAUUAAUUCUCUUGGAAAUACGGCGGAGGAAACAACCCGCAUCUUUGUUCCAGGUUCUCGUCACAUCUUUGGUCAUCACAGAUUUGCUGGGAACUUUCUCCGUCAGUCCUCUAGUUUUAACAGCGUACUUGAAGAAUGAGUCUUUGAUCGGGAUGAAUGAAAACCGAUUCGUUUGCGGCCACUUUGGAUAUGCGAUGACAUUUUUCAGUAUGGUCACUCUCGCUAUUCUUCUUUCCAUGGCUGUGGAGCGCUGGCUCUCCAUUGGACAUCCUUACUUUUAUGAGAAGCGCUUGAGUAAACGCUGCGGGUACAUCACCAUAGCACUCAUUUACUUGCUUUGCGCUCUUUUCUGUGUCGCACCUUUCCUCGGUUUUGGGAAGUAUGUUCAAUACUGUCCGGGUACGUGGUGCUUCAUUGACAUGGACCCAUCUGUGCGCUCGCACAAAGUGUUUAAUAUCAUCUACGCGACUUGCUUGCUCGUCAUGAUUAUAUGUACAGUUUUGUGCAACCUGUCCGUCAUCUAUCAUCUUUCACUCAUGAACCGAAGACGCAAGGCGCACCGGAGCUCAAUUCAACGGCAGCGAGGACACAAGAGGCAGCGGUCCAUCACGAAGGAGUUAGAACACCUGGUGCUGCUCGGGUUCAUGACCAUAGCAUUCGUCAUUUGCUCUCUUCCUCUCGUGAUUCAAGUGUACUUGAGGUACACUCUCAACCAAGAAAGUCACAAAAAUGAUCGCAUAUCCCUUCUUUUAGUAUCGGUCAACCCCAUCAUAGACCCCUGGGUCUUCAUCAUCCUCAGUCCCCCAGUGCCUCGUCUGCUCUGGAACAAGAUGUGUAAGACCGCAAAGUCCAAACCCACGCAGGAGAAGGUCCGCAGCAUUCAUCCAGUCAUGUAUCAGUCAAGCCCUCCUGGAGAUACAGAAGGAGGGAAUUUUCUGAAAAUGUACACGGGAAUUCCAGGAACAGCUGGCUCCUGAUCUCUAAAACCUCUCUAUCUUCAUGGGAAAGAUUAUGGAGUGGUUGCUCAUCCACGUUAUGAAAAUAAUGGAUGCAGAAGUUUCGGGUCACUGGAUACCUGAACAGAUGAAUAUGAUACCUGAGGGUGAAAGAGCACCUAUAAUAUCUAUCAUGGAGAAUAUAAAAGCAAAUUAAAUUUAUUUAUUGUCUUUAUUUAUGGAGAGAAAAAGUUGUUGAGCAGAAAAAGUUUAUUUACCAGGAAGCCUAUUGGUAAAUAUAAAUAAACACAUGUACAGGCUGAAAUGAACCCAUACUUCCUGUUUCAACUGCAUGUGGAAUGCGGUUCUCUUUCUCUGUGUGACUUCAUGCUUCAUCAGUUUUGUUUUCUGCGUUCCCUUGCAAAUAUAUGCAUGACUGAAUCAUGUCAUAGCAAGUCAGUUCAUUGUGAAAGAGCCUAACCACCUAAAUCUCAAAACUGUGUACACAGUCACAUGACUGAAGACAGUCAUUUGGAGAGAAGCUGAAGCAGGCUAAACUGAGGAAAUAAAAGUUUGUUUUGGAUCAGUCAUGUUCUGAGGUAUUCUGUUAUGUUUGAAUUGGUAUUGCUAGACACUAAUAUGACCUAAAAGUCCCAAACAAAUUGUUUACAAUUAUUUUUUAAGAUCUGAAUACAAGUUCUUUAAUGGUAGUUAUUGAUAAUGAGAAUCUUGAUAAAGAGAAAAUCAAAUGCUAAUGUGUUGAAGGGUUCAUUCACAAUAAAUGAAAGUUCUAUCAUUGUUUACUCAACCUCAUGUUGUUACAAAACUUCUAUGGAACAAAAGAAGACAUUCUGAGAAACGUCAGGGUUUUUUGUCAACGGGCUCUAAUGAUGUUCAGCGUUCUUCAAAUAUUCUUUUGUAUUCUGCAGAAGAAAGACAGGUUUGUAAUGUCAUGAGGUGAAGAGUGAUGACAGAAUUAUCAUUUUUAGAUGUACUAUCCCUUUAAGAGCAUUCUAGCGAUCAUCUCUGUGUGAUCUUAAAGUGAAAAAGUAGCUGUAAUUUUUAUCAGCAGGACACAGGCAUGUUCAGUCUGUGUCUUGAGCAACUCUUUUUUACACUCUUCAUGACCUUUCAUCUAAUGAUCUUGCAACUGUGACUCAAGGUCGAGUCUAGCAGAGACAGUUUUUAUUUCAGGUCAUUAUGUGUCAGCAGACAUGACCAUUCUCAAUAUCACUUAACAAAUGUAAGACAUUAUAUGGCAUAGUGAUCAUUUGUUUCCAUCAGCUCACUCUUUCCUGUGGUUUUGGUUUUACAGCCCCAAAUGCAGAACUUCGUAUUCAACUCGAGAACUAUGACAGAAAUGUCCUUUGUAAAAGCAUUUUCUUGUUUAUGAGAAUUAAUUCCAUUACAGUGACAGAAUCAACCUUGAACAUCUGAAAUGCACACUUUAUAGCAACUGUUUUAUAUUUUAGAUUGAAUACUGUCCUGGGAAAACCAGAGGCUGCUAAAGCGGUUGCGCUGUUUCCCACAAUAAACACCAGCUUUUGUGUAAAACA